UUGUCGUCCUGAUUUUACCCCAUUAAGUAUGUAGUAUUUACAAAAAAUGUUUAUAAGUGGCUUGUUUCAUGUACAACUGGUACUCUUUGCUUCCACAUUAUUACACUCUAUCUCCCUACAGCCAUCACUUCCUGUCCUUUACACACUAUCCAGCCAGGCUACCCAUGAAGCUGUCCACCUCCUCUGCAGGAUGUUAGUUUUUGAUCCUUCAAAAAGAAUCUCUGCAAAGGAUGCCCUGGCUCAUCCAUACUUGGAUGAAGGACGCCUCCGGUACCACACUUGUAUGUGCAAAUGCUGUUAUACCACCUCUACAGGACGUGUUUACACCAAUGAUUUUGAGCCCAUUACUAAUCCAAAAUUUGAUGACAGCUUUGAAAAAAACCUGACAUCUGUACGGCAGGUUAAAGAACUCAUCCAUCAAUUCAUUCUGGAACAGCAGAAAGGAAACAGGGUUCCACUAUGCAUCAACCCACAGUCUGCUGCAUUUAAAAGCUUUAUCAGCUCCACAGUUGCUCAGCCCUCUGAGAUGCCCCCAUCUCCUCUGGUAUGGGAGUAAGUGGAAGAAACUACUGAUGACAAACAUUUUAGGUUCUCACUAGAGUCUAAAAUUUGCAGUACAUUUAUGUCGGGACAAGUGUGUAAUUUUACUUAUAAAAAAUUUUUAAGAAGUUAAAAAGAAAACCACUGAUAAUUGUAAAGAAUAUACUUUUAGGAAUAUGCUGGACUUGUAUUUUUUAGGGAUUAAAUUGGUGGUUGUGCUUUGAAAUAAAGCAGCUUAGCAGGAGCUGCACGGUUUGUAUGUAUUUAUGGAACUGUGUGCAGCCUUCGCUUUUUGGCUUUGGAAAAACAAAAGCUGCACUAAAAUGAGCUGGGUGUCUUGACUUUGAAGUGGGACAUGGAACAGACAUGUACAGGAUCUCUAAGGAAUCAACGCUCAUCCAUUCCUGAAGACACUUUGAACUGAGGCUGGCUAAGAAUACAGAGUUUAUGCCGACCAAUCAUGAUGUCAUAUCAGUUGAUAAGGCUGUUUAAUGAAAUGGGCAUGUCACCUGACAGAUCAAUUCUAUAGCUUCUCUUCAGAGCUGUGACAGUGGUUUGCUGUUGUUUGUAUAACAUUGUGAUUAGAAAGAAAUGGAGUGAGUGUGAAUUUAUCACUAGCAGAAGUAACUUAUGUUUCCCCAGUCCCUUAAUUAUAUUUAACCAAUUUUUAGAAACAUUUUGUUUUAUUUCUGCAGUCAAACCUCAAGCAUGCAUCAUCCCACAUUACUUGUGUAUAUAGGUCCAGUGUUGGGUAGAUUUUAAAAGUCUUGACAUUACUGUAUAGAGGAAUUAGCUUGCACAUUUUAGGUCUGUGAAAUAUUCCGUGAAAGUUAUUUUCUGCACUGGACGGUGUAACAGGAAAAAAAAAAGCAGCACAUAGGCGAUUAUGUUAAUUGUGUCUUGUGUCUUUAGGCAGAACUGUGUGGAAGUGUUGAUCUGAAACGUCACAGUAGUGCAGUUUUAAUAUCCUUUCCUGACAAAUCCUUAUCUACUGGAACACUGAACUAUUCUGUGUAUAUGUAUAUAUGAACAGAAAUUGAAGGCUCUACCUCCAGGAGUAUACAACUUGGUUUGUUUACCUCCACGUUUUUUUAAAAAACAAUUCAGCGUGGGGAUUUAAAACUUGAAUGUCCCUUCCAGCUUUUAUAUUUAAGAUAAAAGAUUUUUCACAUGUACGAAGGAACCUUUAUGGAUUGUCUUAAAUACGCAAUUGUGUUCAAAGCUGAGAGUAUGACCCCAGGCUCGGUCAUCAUUACUUGACUGUUAAAUAACUGUAGUUCAUAUCUGUAUUUAGCAUUGGACUGUUGCUGCGAGUGACCCAGAGCAAAGGUGUGCACAGAUUUCAGUUAGAUCCCAAACAUUUUAUUCCUUUUAAAAUUUUAACUUAAAUGAAGUAACGGCUUGCUAUGACAAAGAUUUGUCAUGCUGGAAAUUGCAUCUAUUUACAAUUAGGAGCAAUUAAGAGGUUUAUGAAUUAUAAAGAAAAAGGUUUUUAAGCCUCCAGAGCUUUAAAAAUAAAUUAAGUUUUAAAGGCUUGUAUUUGAAAAUUUCUGUUUUCAGGAAAUAGGGCAAAAAAAUUCCUAAGAGCCUGCUGAGAAACCAGUUUCAAGACUUCACCUGAGGUUCAUCGUCCUAUGUGACACAUUUGCCGGUCACUUUGUACAAUGUAGAUUUGAAGUACAGUGGUGGAAAUUCAUUAAAUGUGACAUUUAAAAGAAAA